AUGGAAAGAGCAACAAAUGGGAAAGCAGCAGGGAGCAGUGAAGAAAGAAAAGGAACGCCUUAUCAGCGGAUUGUGAUCGCUUGUCCUGAUAACCAUAUCAUCGUUGUGAAGCGGCUUACAAACGGAGGUAAGAGGGUGAUUAUCUUUCUACAAACGUGGAUAUAAAUGAGAUUUAACACAUCACUUUACAAGGAAGGUGGAAGAAACAACUUGGACAAAGUUUUUUGACUUCUGAAAACAUGAUUUUCGUCCAAGCCGCUCCUUAAUGGCUAUCAUUUGAAUGGUCACAGCAAAGAACUUCAUGACUGCAAACCAAAAAGAUAGAGCCACGUUAUACAGCAAAAUAAAUAGCACUACAGGAAAGUGCUCCUUAUAAGUUUUCAUUUUACUGGUAGUACUUUAGGAUUUCAUCCACAGACUCACGUUUUUGAACCACCUUGUAGAGCAGAAGGGUACUGCUCAAUAGCUUUCAUUUGAAUAAGAAAACCGCUUUUUACAACAAUGCAAUACACUGCUCAUUAGCUCAGUUUUACCCGAUUUCACUUAGGACGUAAUCAACUAACUUGAAAGUUGGAACACCUUUAACACCAUAGCGAAUUCAUGGAUCUGAUAUCAACGCAACUUGACAAUACAAUUUAAAAGCUCUUGAACUGCAAUUAUUUGCAGAAAGGUACACAAUCAAAUUCAAAAGACAAGAGUUACACUAGUCACAACAUUGACUGAGGUAAAUUACUCGCAAUUUAACCAUUAACUGAAUAAAUUGUUUGUGUUUUCUACAGAAGUCAAAGUUGAAGGAGGAAGACUAGUGGCGGUUAAAAACAAGGAAGGACGCUAGCAAAGGUAAAUUUGUAGAUUUUAGUAUUUGAUAAAGAGUAUUGAAAGCAAAUAGGUAAAUGGCGAAACAAUAGUUAAGCCCCGUCGGUCAAAAUACCUGUAAUGCGAUGAGUGAUUCUAGAGUUCGAUAGUUCCAUCUGAACAGUUCACAGCUUAAUUGCUUUGUGGUUUAGUAGAUAUGAGAUACCACAACCGGCAAAUACAAAUAAAAAAGGGUCAAAUAUUGAGUUCAGAAGAGAAAUAGCGAGAAACAGACGCUGGGAAUUUUGUUCAAACGGGUUGCAUUGAACACUUCAGACAAAAAACGACUUACAAAAGUGAAUUUACAGGAGUGAUUUGGAAAGAAAUAGUGGCAAAAUAUAUUUGCGAAACGAAAAAGAGAAAGCCAUGAAGCAUCUAGUAUAAAACCUGACUUGACACGAAGAGAUAAGUCUGUAAAACAAAGGUCAAUUCUGACAAACAGGGGCUCAAGUUUUCACUCCUAGACCAAGUUUUGGCGAGAUGAAUUGUCGCUCUAACUUUUAAAUCUGCGGAUAAAUUCUUUGGCGUAACCAUUCAAUGAAGAAAUCUCCUUGGAGGAACUUUUGAAUAGUACUAUUUAUUUUAUAGGACAUCAAAGAAUGAUUUCUACAUUUUCUGGUGAAUUUUCGUGCAUUGACUCCUAUUAAUUAGGAGUGAAAGGGUUCAAAUGAGAAUAGAGACCUUUAUGUUCGAGGACGAGAACGACUACGAGUACGAGAUUUGAUUUCAAGUUUUUUCGAGUAUUAUCAAUAAAUAGACACCCCGGAAUUCUUCAUUGUACUUUUUUUUCACCAGAAAAGUUAGCACUGUUAUCGUUAUUGAAGGAGGUUGAGCCCUCUCCAGAUUGCAAAAUGCUAAAACUUCUAACAUUUGAUAACUUGUUCCCGCCACUUCGACCCUCUGGCUAAAAUUUGUAGUAGAAUGACGACGGCUACCAUGUUUUCCAGCCAAAAUGACGUUGGUUCGCGCGCGAGCACUACUUACUAUUGACAAAAUCCCGUACUCGUGGUCGUUCUCGUCUUAGAAUCUAAAGGUCUCUAAUAUGAAUUUCCGUUUAAUCUACGUAACAGUUACGAAGGCAAACUAGCCAAUGGACAAAUGGCGUUAAACCCUUUAAGCCCCAGGGAUGAUCAAAAUCAAAUUUCUCCUCGUAAUAUGGAUGAUCUAUAAAACAGAGUGGUGAUGAGAAUUAAGGACACGAACACACAAGAUGAAUUAUGUUGACACUUCAACACCUUCUCCCCACUUUUGGUAUAGGAAGUGUAUAAGGGCAACAAAUGAGAAUUAAAAUUUUGACAUAAAUGGUUCAAGCGUUUUUUUUUUAAUAACUCAAACAUUAAAAUAUUGGCUAGACGCUCUUCAUUUUUUGAUCCUACCCGUCAUCAGCCAUAGACACAAAAGAGCGUUUUCACAUGACGUCAAAGCGGCCAUGUUGGUGUUCCAAACCGGUCCUGUUGGAGUUGAUCUCUUUUCUUAGGCAAACGCUUUCUUUUGUUCCAAUAAAUUUGCAUAGAUGCUGGUCACUUAAGUGAAAAUGCUCUAGUAAACAGUUUCCUUUUUUGAGCCUUAACGAUACCUCAAACGUUCUAUGUUGCGUGUUGAAUCUUUGCUGUAAAACAUGUAACUGGAAGAUCAAAAUUUAAACGUGUAGGACAGUUUCGCUAGUCAUAAAAAGUGGAAAUUUUUGGUUGGGGAUGUUGUCCUCUAAAGAGAUUUCAGAAAGUUUGAAACCUGAUAAACAGAGUACCUCGUAAGUAGUUUUAACUUUUGAGUAUGUGGAUGAAAUCCUAUGGUGUCACAAUUCAACUGAAAUUUUUCCAGCAGUAUUUUCAUACGGUACCAGCUGUUUUGUAUGCAGUUCUAACUACUUUAACACGGAAGCAUUUGUUUUGUUUGUAGUUCGAAUUUUGAAUCUGUGGAUGAAACCCUAUAUAUAGUGCUACCAUUCAAACAAACCAUUUCAGCAGUACUUUCACAUGGUAUCAUUUCAAAAUUUAGUAUGUAGUUCUAAUUUGGAGUCUGUGGAAGAAACCUUAUGGUGUGACCAUUCAAAUCCAACCUCUUCAAUAAUACUUCGUAUGGUGCCAAUUGAGUUUCAGUACUUCAACUAUUUCAGUUGAUUAUCAAUUUUUGUUAUCUGUAUAAGCAGUGUUUGAAUUAAGUGAAUUUUUAUAGAGUGGAGACACUGGUGUUUUUGACAAUGUAGUGAAACCACAAAGAGAAAGUCAAUGUUGAUAAUUAGAAUUUGAGGACACACCAAGGGAACAUGCCUAGAAGGUGGAUGGCUAUAAUCAUAUUUUUGCUGUACAUGUAAGCAGAUAAAAUUUAAGCACGAGAAAAAUGCAAACCAAACAGUCGAGUCAUAAAUUCUCGAGAAACAGGUACACAAAUCUGAUAUUUCCAAAUAAUUGAUCAAUCCUGACUCUGGUAGAGUGCAAGAAAGUGGACUGAGGAAAUCUGUUCUGAAAAUAUCGUUUUCUUUUCUUAUUAGUUUAGCAUCAGGAAAUGUGAUUUUUUUACUGUGUAUGUUCAGCAGAAAUUAAACACCUCAAGCUAACUAAUUUAGCUGAUAGGUUUACUAGAGAUCCCAAGAGGUUUCUGGGGAUGGGAGAAUGAAUCAUGUGGUACCAAAGAAACGUCCGAGCGUUUUGCUAUUUUAAACAUAAUAAAACCAAUAGACCAUCAUAGUAAAUUUUUAUUUUCCACAAAAAGUACUACAGACAAACCCCGCUUUACCGACAACCCCUCAGUGUCUGUAUCAUCCAGAUUUGACUGUGUAGUCGUACAGAUGGAGUUAUAGGGGUGUGUCCACAGUGGCAAGGGCUGAUGGCUAGGGACAAAGGCAGGGUGAUAGGUAGUAACAAAUAGUGAUUUUGUGACUGCAUGGAAAGAACCCUACCACCCAGAAACUAUUUCAGAAAACUGCAGGUGAGAUGGCUAGUGUACAGUGGAUGAGUACAGUUCAGCUGCUACAAAAAAAAGUAUUCAGCACAAGACUAAAAUGUUAAACUGUUUCUGGACUCAUUCCAUAGCAUACAAUUUUGGAGUUAAUAGCAUAGCAAAAAGCAUAUUUCUAAUGGAUAGACGAUUUUUGAGAGAAACCAAACAGGGAGAGGGUAGAGGGUACUGUCAUACACAGACCAUAUAUACGCUAAAUGGAUGUGCUGCUUGACCACAGCAGCAUUAGCUCAGUCAGUAGAGCACUUUAUUGUAGAGCAGAAGGCAUGGGUUCAAUCCCUGGUGCUGGAGCAAUACUCAGGGUCUUUAACACUUUAAGCCCCAAGAUCCAAAUACAAAUUCUCCAGACUGAUCUCCAUACAUUUCCUUUAAGAAUAGUUGAGAGAAUAUGGUUUAAGAUCAAAAUAUUCUCCCCUUGGUAAUCAAUUUAGUAAUUCUCAUAACCUUUACUAGCCUGUUCCAAGCAUUCAGAUAGUGGAGAGCGAAGCGAAGUAAAGAAAGCGAUGAAAAGUAGAGGGGGACUCCCUCCCUCGCAUUUAUUUUUUCGCACUCCUUUUUACUUAGCACCUCUCCCCACUAUCUGAACGCCUGGAACAGGCUAAAUCUUUACUCUUGAUGAUCUGCUGAUGUUGUUAGGAGAGAAUUGAUGUUGGUCACUCUUAAGACCUGAAGGAUUAAACAGCCGAGAAAUGAAGGCACUGCCUUUACCCUAAAAACUGCUCUCAGUCACCAGGCUCAUAUUUGAGUACAGAUAAAUAAUUUAUCUGUACUCAAAUAUGAGCCUGGUGACUGAGAACAGUUUUUAGGGCAAAGGCAGUGCCUUCAUUUCUCUGCUGUUAUUUCUCUGCUAUUAUUGUCAAUAAAUUAAAGACUGCUUAACAAGUGGGAAUCACCAUGCGGUAAACAAAACAUUUCACUAACAGAGAAGCAGUAAAAUGUUAGCUAGCUAGAGGAGCUACACUAGGACAAACUAAUGAGGCCAUCAAUUAAUAAUGCAAAAUAAAGAGAAGGCCAGAGGGAGACAGGUGACUGAAUGCCACUUGUACAAUGCUUCCCAUAUUUUUUUCAAAGAUGAUUUGUUAUUAGAACCUCUAUCAACUGCAAAAACCAAUGUUACUCAUUUGUAGCUAUGGUUAUCAAACGUGACAUCACAAGAAGUAGACAUUAAACCCAUUUACCAAUGCCCAUUUACCAGACAUUGUAUUAGUGACCAAAUUAAAGAAAGGCAGGGAGAUUUAAUUCUAAGAAUAAUGGUAUGGACGAAACACCUCCAAUAACAUUUAGUCCAAGGCACUGUCUAGGGAGCCACUUUUUUUACAUAAUGACAGUAGACUGACCUCCCAUACCCAGAAAUUACAUUAACCCUUUAAGUCCCACUAGUGACCAACAUCAAUUUUCUCCUAACGAUAUCAAUAGACAAUCAAGGGGAAGGGUUAUGAGAAUUAAUAAGAUAAUCACAAAGAGAAAAAAGUUUUGAUCUUUUACCAAAUUCUCUCAACUCAUUCUUUAAGGAAUAUAUAGAGAUCAGUUUGGAGAAUUUGUAUGUGGAUAUGGGGGAUUAAAGGGUUAAACGACAAAGGAAUAUGAGAAAAGAAAAAGAUGUCAGCUGACAGAAUAUCACAUUUCUAUAGCCAAGCAUUUGAUCCCCAUCCUAAAUUCUCAGAGUUAGUAUUAACAAAUAUCUGUCUCCCUUGGUAACAAAUAAGUUGGGAAAUACACCUGACAAAUUAUCCCAGUCACCUCAUGCUACAGAAACUCAAGUCAUGCACCACAUCUAAGGUUCGAACGAUUCAAAUCUAACAUCAGCAAAGUUCCACUUUUAAGUCAUUAACAAAAUUCAUACAGUAAUAACUCUAUUGGGUCUUUAUUGGCAAACUAGUGUGUGACGACUUUUUAAUAUUAUUAUGUUACCUCCAAAUAAGUAGCAGUAAGCACUGUGACACUUAUUUAAGUAAGCACAAUUUGAGCACAAGCUAGUAGAAAGAAACAGUAUUUUUUCUUGUGCUAAUGUUUUUUUUCUUGACUCUUUAAUUUCUGAUUCAAUUAGAGAGGGGUGAAGCAAGGUUGAAACCAUUCACCUCCCACAAAUGUGGCCUGGGUUGUGGGUUGAGUUUGUGUUAGUGCCCCUCUUUGCAGAGAGAGGUUUUUCUUUGGGUGUUCUUGUUGUAUUUUUCCUCUCUUAAACAAGAAAAACCAGUGGCGGAUCAAGGGGAGGGGGGCCCCCCUUAUUUUUAGACCAGACUGAGGUCUGAAGGCCCCCUCCCCACCCCUUAUCUCAAGGUCUAGAUCUGGCACUGAAAACACACCUCCAAAUUCCAAUUUGAGCAGAAGCACACUAUCAUUUUUAAUUAAGUUCUUGAGAACUACUAAGUGCUUCAUGGACAAACUAGUUUUAGUUUUUUUCCCCAUUUUUCAGCAGAACAUGUAAAGCAGUUUCUCAAAUAUUAAAUCAGUGGAUAAAAUCUUGAGUAUGGUGUUACCAUUUUAAUGGAACAUGGUGUUUUUUGUUUGUCAGUAUUUUCUAUAAUGACAUUUGUGAUUGUUCUUGAAUUUUGCUCAAUGUUGCCCUUGACAGUGAAAGGGCUAAAACUGCUUAUUGCAUCGGCAAGAUCUAGACCAGUCAGUAGCUGCUAAGAGGCCGGAGAUGGGCAUCAGCUGGUGCAAAUAAGUAAUUAGGCUUCACUAACCAGUUUCAAUUACACUAUAAACAAAGAUCUAUCUGUCUUGAUUCAAUGUUAUGUUCAUUACUAGUAGAUGAUAUUCUCUUGGGCCCAAAAAUGUUUUGGUCACUUUAUUAAAUCUUUUUGUAAAACAGCUACAAAUGAAAAUGAUUCAUUUGUUUCAUCGUCAUUUUCAACUGAACAUGGAGACAUGGACCAGGUUGAAAUAGACUCGUGAUUGUGUUUUGUUUUGUUUCACUAAGGAAAUUUUUUAUGCAAAAAAUUUGGCCAAAUCAAAAACAGGCUCCAAAGAGGUAUUACAAGAUACAAAAAAGAGAGCAAAACAUGAUUGAAGCCCAGUAGAUCAUCACCAAGAAAAAUAGAUUAUAAAUUCCUGACCCACUAAACAUCUGGGCCGAGUUGCUCAGAGCUGGGUUAACAUAACCCAGGGUUAGUGCGAGAUUUGAAUUAAGAUUUAAGCCAUUCAGUUUUAAUUCUGUUUGUCUACAAUCUGAUGAUUGGAAGCUCUAAAAAUAAGAGAGAAAAUUAUCCCAGAAAAUGCUUUUGAACACAAGAAAAAGAAACCAGGGUUAAAUUUAACCCCGGGUUAAGUGCUAAUAGGCCUUCGAACAACUGGGCCCUGACUUAAAGAAACUACUCCUGUUGUCCCGCAGUCAUCCAAUUUGCAAAAUAAAUUCUGACAUGGACCACUGGAGUGCGGGACUGCCGGAGCGCUAGUUGUAUACCCACUUAAUAAUCGUAAUUCAGCAACUGCAGGAGUGUGGAACUGCAGAAGCACUCAUUUUACUCCCUUAGAUUUAAGUAUUUGGACUUCUAGAGCAUGACUGCAAGACUGCGGUCUUGCAGGACUGCAGUACCGCUGGAGCAAUUUUUCAAGUAACACAUUUAGUGGGCUAGGUAUUCCCAAUCACUCCUUAUCGUGAAAAAUUCUGACACAUAAGAGACUUCUACAUAUAAUCUAACUACUUACAACUUAUGACCUUUGCAACACAACAACAGUGUAAGUUGCAUUUGCUCUUAAGUUCUCUAGUAAAAUUAAUCGGUGAAUAAGACUUACCUAUUUUUUCCCUUGGUUUUGCAGAGCACUUCUGUUGAAAAACAUCAGGGCAGUGGAGGUGAACGUGAUAUAUUUUUGGAUAAGGAUGUAAUAAGAAGAACCCUGUUGGACAGUUUACAAGAAAGUUACUGUAGAACGUUGCGUUUUAAAAUAAAACAUGAAGUUCACUCUUAAAUUUACAUUGUUUCUAUGAUUUCUGCUGGUAAAAACACUGGGAAAUAAUCAGUGAUGUUAAACAUAGACUUCCCAAGAAAUAACUCUGUUGAUUGUAUGUUUUCCAGGAUGAUCUCAGUGUAUUAAAACAAGUUCGUGAAGCGCUCGUUCGUUCCUUUCUUUCAUGCGCUUUCUUCGCGCACGCCCCUGACAAAUUGGUGCCAGGAUUAAAAGCAUACUUUUAGUUGUCUAAGCAAAUUUAGCCCUUUUUGAAAGUAUCUGUAGGCAGAUGAAGGUUUCCGUUAGCAACGAAAGUGAAAGAUCUUCCAAGUUACCUACCAUUAAGUGUGAUUUUAUGGCGUAAAACGUUGCGAAAGUGACGCGCAGAAGGUCAUUGUUGGUGUUCAAAACUUACAGGCGUGCUUGACGUAGUUCCCAGACUCCCUCGGAACCGAUUCCGUGUCAAUACCUCCCAGGACUCCCAGGUACGGUAG